UAGCUAGCGGCCUGUAAGAUACUAGAGAACAGGCGCAAAGUUGGGCUGCGCGGUGCAAUCAAUAAACCGCCGCGUGGUUAGCCUGCCGAAGGCGUCCGACACUGUCUCAGAAACCAGCGGAAGCGGCCCAGCCAAGGCUCUUCGCCCGCGCGGCCGCAAGGGCUGUAGACACGGGCCGCCUCUGAAAAGUCCAAAAGCACGCGCCAGCGGUAGACGCCAGCCGACGCGCCCCGCAACAAAAUGCGCGCCUCGCCGUCCACGGCCGCGCGCCAGACCAUGAGCGCAUUGGAAAUGGGCGACCUCGACGCCGACGCCUUCGGCCAGGCGCCGGUGUCGCUGCGAUUCCGGCACGGGCCGCUCGAGGACCGGUAUCGGAGCUAUCGGGCGCGGCGAGCGAGGGAGCUGGGCGCGACGCCCUGGGUCACGAGAUUAGGCAUGCUCGUCGCGCGCGUGCUCGCGGAUGUCGUGGAUGGUCUCGCGAGGAAGCGAAGCUGGCACCGCUACGAGUUGCUCGCGACGGGCUUGUUCGGCAUUUGCGUGGUUGCGCUGUACUUCGCUUCUAGACAUAUCAAGAUCGCGUCGGGUGAUGGAAGUUAUGAGAAGUGGUGCGCCGCGGUGUUAUGUCUAGCGGUCCUGCAGGCGGUCCAAGUAGUAUUGGCGUUCUCGUUCUUCGGGGACAAGUGGUCUCGACCGUAUUACCUAGGAUUGGACGUGGCCGUCGACGCCGGGUUGUUCGCUUUGUGUUUUGGAUUGCACUUGGUGGCGAUAGCUGGCGCCUUAGCAUGCGACUUUGUUGCGUUAGGGAUUGGCCUGGGAACCACAAAACACGCUCGAAUCUAUCCCCUGCUGUCGGCGGCGGUGUUAGUUGUGGCCUUCCUCGUAGUAGCAAGGGCCGCCGACCGGCAAGCGAGGCAGCACUACGUCGAAUCUUUAAGGUUUGACGCCAAGCAAAGUCGAGAUAUGAGGGGCAUCUCGAACCCCUUCUCCACGGUCAACCUGGCCGCCUGGCUCUUCCCCUCCGAAUCGAGGAACCGCGAGGAGACCCCGAACAACCGCCCGUCCGCGGACCUCGCGUCACCAAGCAUCUCCAAGUCGUCACUGGCGGCCAUGGUGCAACGGAGAACGUCCCAGUCCCAGCCGCCGGCGCAACCGUUUGCCUCAUUACCGCCGCAGCCGACGCUCGCCAAAAACGGCGAGGAGGAAAAGAAGGAACCUGAGGUUCCGGCGCCGAAGCCUCCUCCCGCUGUUGUCAAGAAACCUAGACGGUUCGCCACGCUCCAGUCGUGGCAGAUCGACUACGAGCGGUUACGAGUUGUUGCCAAAAUUGGCGCCGGGGCCGCGGGCCAGGUGUAUCAUGGGGAGUUCUUGGGCGCGCGCGUGGCGAUCAAACAAUUAUUUAGUUCCUUCAUCGACCCGUCGAACUUGGAUGAGUUUAGUAGGGAGGUGACUCUGUUACAUAAGCUCAAGCACCCUCACGUGUUAACGUUCUACGGUAUCUCGCGCCGAGACGUCUACUGUUUCAUCGUGACGGAGUACUGCCCCUAUGCUCUAGAUGCGAUCUUGUCGGGUGGUAGGGUCGCGGAUGAUGUCCUGAGAGGCGCCAAUGGCAAGCCGCGACAGACGCCGCGAUUAACCGUAGCAGCCAGAACAACUAUAUUGUAUCAAGUAGCAUUGGCCUUACAGUACCUCCACGCCGAAAGGGUAUUACACCACGACCUGAAGCCGGGCAACAUUCUGCUGGACCGGGACUUCACCGCUAAAGUAUCAGAUUUCGGACUGGCCCAACUCGUCGCCGACACUGAAGAUGUUGUAUCUAAGGGCCCCACGAAGGCACCUAGAAGGAUGUCCGCCGGGGCGACGGCGGUCUAUGCCGCGCCGGAGAUGUUACUUAAAUUACGCGGAAGGUUUAAGGAUCGGCCCGACCGGGGCGAGAACUCGUCCGACUCUACCAGAGAUAUGUCCGAUUCAGGCAGAGUAGUGGCGGGCAACUUCGACGAAUUGUCGAAGCUCGAUGUGUUCGCCUACGCGAUUGUGUGUGCGGCCGUCUUUUCACAACGCGGAGACCCGUACCAUUUUUAUGUUACAAACGCGCGAUCUCCCCAAGCGCGGGAAGCGGACAUCGCGGACGCCGUGCGGGACCAGGGAUUGCGGCCCCAGGUCCCCGCGGCCCUACCGGAGGAGCUGCGGCCGCUGAUGGAGCGGUGCUGGGCGACGCAACCGGCCGACCGGCCGGCGUUCCGCGAGAUCGCGCGGCGGUUGAAGGCCGUCGCCGUGCGCCACGGGACCAUCGUGCCGACGACAUCUUCCAAACUGCCGCUCGGGCCGGAGGCGCGCGGCUCGGAGUCGUCGGCGCACUCGUCCUUCUCCGACGAAAGGGAAGACCCGCGCGCCAAGCCCGUCUACACGAGGAAAGCUCACCUGUACACCUGACCAUUCUGAUGUAAUAAUUCGUAUCCUUAGU